AGGAAAAUGGGCGGAACUAAGGGAGCGGUCCUUGAGGGUUAUCUGUCGGCGACCAAUUCCCUCCGCCUCCAGUCAAGGCGAUCCCUCCGGUCGCUGAUCGCUCUGCGGGAUCCCCGGCGCAGUGCAUGCAGCAAAGCGGACCAUCGCGGACUCCCGGGAUCACGCCAGGUGGACCAUCCAGAAAGAGCAGGACGGCAGACAGCUGUUUUUAUUUACUGUGUAAAUCGGGCUGAUCAUGUCGGAGUCAGGGGUGACACCACAGGGUGACUGGAGCAGGGACCAUAUCGUCAACGCCGACGGACAGCGCCUGUUCUGCCGCUACUGGGUACCGGAGGAACCCCCGAGAGGCCUGCUGUUUGUGGCCCAUGGAGUGGGGGAACACUGCGGGAGGUAUAGCUCUCUGGCCCAGAGCCUCAGCCAAAGGGGCCUGAUUGUCUUCGCACAUGACCACGUGGGCCACGGGCGCAGUGAAGGGGAGAGGAUGAUGGUCCGGGACUUCAAGGUGUACAUCAGGGACUCCCUACAGCAUGUAGAUCUCAUGAAGGAACAGUACCCUGGCCUGCCUCUGUUCAUCCUGGGUCACUCUAUGGGUGGGGCCAUUUCUAUCCUCUGUGCAUGUGAGAGACCCAGUGAUUUCACUGGAGUAGUACUGAUUUCGCCCAUGGUACAGCUGAACCCGGAAUCAGCAUCACCAUUUAAGGUGUUUAUGGCAAAACUCCUGAACCAUGUGCUUCCAAGCCUAAGUCUGGGUUCAAUUGACUCCAAGUGGAUCUCUCGUGACCAGAAAGAAGUGGAAUCGUAUGACACAGAUGAGCUGAACCACCACGGCGGUCUGAGCGUUGCAUUUGCUAUGCAGCUGGUGGGGGCUGCCAGGCUCGUUGAGAGGGCUAUCCCCACUGUGACCUGGCCCUUUCUGCUCCUUCACGGUGAUGCGGAUAAGCUGUGUAACAUCAGCGGAUCCCACAUGAUGCUGGAGAAAGCUCAGAGCACAGACAAACAGCUGAAGGUGUAUAAUGGAGCUUACCACGUGCUUCAUCACGAGCUCCCAGAGACGACAGAGUGCGUGCUGAGGGACAUCACCGAUUGGGUCGUGACGCGAAUCCCUGACCAGGCUGCAUCCGGCUCCUAAGUUCCCCAUUUAUUCCUGCCCCCCCCCCCACCCUAGUUUGUGUACAUCCUGCUGUUCUAUCAUUGUAGCACCCGCCACGCAAUCUGUGCCCCCCUCCCCCGACACGUUGUGGGCACUGGCUAUGUUCGUCACCACUAAUCAGUCCUGGCCACCAAGUUGUGUGAUUACUCAGUACUUCCGAGACACACAUUUACCAGUUCAUCGUUCCUGAGCGAUAUACAUGACUGGUGGUCUAAUGGGUUUUACACAAAUGGUGCAGGAUUUCCUUUAUGUGACAUGAGUGUCAUUUUUGAUUAGAAUGUCAACCAUGUAAGAGGCAUUAUUUUACCGCAAACUGAUUUAUCAUUGCUCUGAGGUGUAGGGUGUUUUUUAAAAUAAAUUUACAAGUUGUAGCAAUGUAAUAAUGACAGAUCAUACUUUCAAAUGUAUUACUGACCAUGUAAUCAUUUGCUAGCACACAGAAUCCUUCCUCACUGUCGUCUUUUGGCUCUGCUGUUGUUACCGAUUUUCAGUAAAUAACCGCAACACACAACCGCAGAAACCUCUAGAGUAGCUGACUUAGAAAAAAUGUCAUAUGGUAACAACCUGACAGAAUGAGAAUCCCAGUAACACCCACACUAACAUCCUGCAUUUAUAAUGUUUGUAUUUUCAUGGUUUGGAAUACCUAUUUGUUUUAAAUAUUUAUUAUAUUAACAAAAUGUAUGUAUAGUACUUGUAUUUAAACGAUUUAACCAUUUGUAUUUUAAAACAUGAAUAAAUCUGUAUAUUUUGAAA